CCCUCGUUUGUUUUCUUUAACAAAAAGGACAAUUGUUGUUAAUUCCAAGACCAGCCAGCGAACCGUAGCAGAAAGGCAUACGGAACUCGUACGGAAGGAAAACAAGGAAUCGACUUGCGUGGAAAAUUCUCAAUUUUCCCAACCCCCUUUAAAGAUAUUUCCAUGCCAAAUGGCCGCAUUUAUGGAGGACGCGUUAGUGGAAGCGCGAAGGGCACGUGACGCAGGAGAGGUGCCCGUCGGUUGUGUCUUUGUAUAUGGAGACAAAGUCAUCGCACGUGGCGGAAAUGAAGUCAAUGUCUAUCGGAAUGCCACCAGACAUGCAGAGUUCAUCUGCAUAGAUGCCACAUUGGCCUAUUGCCGAGAGAAGCACCUGCCAGCACGCCAAUUGUUUGCCGAAAUCAGUGUGGUGGUCACUGUGGAGCCAUGUAUCAUGUGCUCGGCUGCCUUGCAUACGCUGGGCGUCAAGGAGAUCAUCUAUGGCUGUGAGAAUGAUCGGUUUGGUGGCAAAACGGUUGUGGAUGUGGCUGCUGUGGUCGGCCAAAGGAUUAGCAUUAUUGGCGGGGUUCGCGGCGAUGAGGCAAUGGCGCUGCUCAAAGAGUUCUACAAGGGCGACAAUCCAUCGGCGCCAACACUAGCCAAAAAGAAGAAAUAAGAUAUUCAGGUCGAGAUAGAGAAAACCGACUACGGAUCAACAAAUUAUGCGAAGCCAUGAGAAUUGUAAUAAAAAUAUCAACCACACUAAAGAAAUUUAUGAAGAAAAAAACGAAUAAUCGAGGAUAAAUCAACAAGUGCUUGUAAUAAUGCUGAGUGAAAAAUAAAUCAAUAUUGACAUUUUA